UCAUUCGUCCAAUGAAAUGCGCGGUUGACGAGCGGAACAACUCCGUCAUUGUCGGGAGAACUACAAGUCAGAGCAGGUAGAAAAAGGAAUGACACACUUUAAACCUCUCGCAGAGUUUAACCCGGGUAGUGGCAUUUAUAACGUUGCCAUGAAGAUACUGUGCUGAAAGAGGUUUAUUUGGUGCGGAUUAUAUAAAUAUAUUUGACUUUCGUAGUGCGUUCCCCCCUCAAAGAUAACUUUUGACAAAUACAGUCUACAACAAAAUGGCAAUCGAGAUAAAAACAGCACGCACUCUUCCAUCCGAGUGAAAAACGUCAACAGAAACAAGAUGUUUAGUCUCACUGAAGUCGCCUCCCUUAAUGACAUCCAGCCAACCUACCGCAUUCUGAAACCAUGGUGGGAUGUAUUCAUGGAUUAUAUUGGGAUAAUAAUGUUGAUGUUAGCCAUAUUUUCUGGGACUAUGCAGUUAACCAAAGACCAAGUUGCAUGCCUUCCCUUUCUCGAGGAAAGGGUGCAAUCACGGAGCGCAAGUUCAGACACAACAAAAAAACCACUUGAAAGUUACACAUCGGUUCUGGGCACAUCUCCCUCAACAACUAAAGAUCUUCCUGGCAACGUUGUACAUGAAAUUCAUAACACUCAACCCUUUACCUUUAAUGUGGAACAGACCCGAACUCAACAUGGGCCCAAAGGACGUCAAACAAACCUAGAUUAUCAGCAGUAUGUUUUUGUCAACCAAAUGUGCUACCAUGAUGCCUUACCGUGGUAUAACAAAUACUUCCCUUACCUUGCACUCAUACACACCAUAGUGCUGAUGGUAAGCAGCAAUUUUUGGUUCAAGUACCCAAAGACCAGCUCAAAGAUUGAACACUUUGUUUCCAUUUUGGGUCGGUGCUUUGAAUCACCGUGGACAACAAAAGCAUUGUCUGAAACAGCUUGUGAAGAUUCUGAGGGAAACAAGCAGAGGUUCACCGGCGGUGCAGUUUUCCAGAAGCACGUAUCGUCAGAGGACUGCAACAGUCAGUCUUCUCCUUUGAUUGACACUCCUGUGGUGCAGUUUCCUACUGAAAAGCUCAUUGCAGAAGUCCCCAGCUUGACCAUCUUGGACAAAAAAGAUGGAGAACAGGCCAAGGCUCUUUUCGAGAAAGUGCGAAAAUUUCGAACUCAUGUAGAAGAUAGUGACUUCAUCUACAAACUCUACGUGGCUCAGACAGUGAUAAAAGCUGUGAAGAUCGUUUUGAUCUUGAGCUAUACAUCAACGUUUGCUGCCAGGAUAAAUUUCGGUCAUAUAUGCAAACCUAAAAUCGAACAUUUGACUGGGUAUGAUCAAUUCUUUUGCACUCACAACAUGGCCUUCAUGUUGAGGAAACUCCUCUUCAGUUUCAUGGCUAUGAUAUGUCUCUAUGGACUGGUGUGUUUGUAUACCCUCUACUGGCUCUUCAGGAGACCUCUUAAAGAAUACUCUUUUGAGAAAGUCAGAGAGGAAAGUAGCUUUAGUGAUAUUCCUGAUGUAAAGAAUGACUUUGCAUUUCUUCUGCAUAUGGUAGACCAAUAUGACCAGCUGUACUCCAAACGCUUUGGUGUAUUUCUCUCUGAGGUUAGUGAGAACAAGCUACGAGAAAUUAGCCUAAACCACGAGUGGACAUUUGAAAAAUUGCGUCAGCAUGUGACAUGCAAUGCUCAAGACAAGCAAGAGCUUCACCUCUUCAUGCUUUCAGGACUUCCUAAUGCCGUGUUUGAUCUCACUGACUUGGAAAUCCUCAAGUUAGAGCUGAUUCCUGAGAUGAGGAUUUCAGCUAAAGUUUCUCAAAUGACAAAUCUACAGGAACUGCAUCUGUAUCACUGCCCUGCUAAAGUUGAACAAACAGCGUUCAAUUUUCUCCGUGACCAUUUGCGAUGCCUUCACGUGAAGUUUACUGAUGUUGGAGAAAUUCCACCUUGGAUUUACAUGUUGAGGAGCCUCAGGGAACUGAACUUGGUUGGUAACUUAAACUCUGAACACAACAAGAUGAUUGGUUUGGAGUCACUAAGAGAUCUGAGACAUUUAAAGUCAUUGUACCUCAAAAGCAAUCUCAACAAAAUACCCACAAAUCUCACAGAACUGUCACCACAUCUCAUCAAACUGGUGAUACAUAAUGAUGGAACUAAGUUAUUGGUACUAAACAGUCUCAAGAAGAUGACAAGCCUGGUUGAUUUGGAUCUCCACAACUGUGAGUUGGAGAGGAUUCCUCAUGCCAUUUUUAGCUUGACUAACUUGCAAGAACUGGAUUUGAAAUCAAACCAUAUCAGGACCAUUGAGGAGGUCAUUAGCUUUCAGCACUUAAAGAGAUUGUCCUGCCUGAAAUUGUGGCACAACAAAAUCAUUGCUAUUCCACCAUCUAUAGGCCUAGUGAAGAGUCUAGAGUCACUGAUUAUCUGUCACAAUAAACUGGAGACCCUUCCUCCAGCUCUGUUUUAUCUUCCCAAACUGAGGCACCUGGACCUCAGCCAAAAUUCCAUCUCUAGUGUACCAGUUGAGAUAGGACACCUGCAGAACCUUCAACAUUUUGCUAUCACAGGGAACAAGGUAGAGUUUCUUCCUAAUCAAUUAUUUAAAUGUACCAAACUGAAAGUGUUAUGUGUGGGUCAUAACAGCAUCUCCAACAUCCCAGAGUCAAUUGGGCAAUUGAUACAACUGUCACAGCUUGAGCUAAAAGGAAACUGUUUAGACUGCCUUCCAUUACAACUUGGCCAGUGUCGCCUUCUUCGCAAGAAUCUCCUCUUUGUGGAGGAUCAUCUUUUUGACACACUGCCUAUUGAGGUAAAGGAAAGUAUCAGUAGAGACUAAUGUGUCAUUAACUAGUGGCUUAUAAGUGGGCCUCAAAGACAGAAAGCAAAAACACGUGGCACAAUAGUAUGGAGGAACAUUGCACAAAACAGGUUUGUGCUUACAUCUGUACAGUUUGCUUCUGUUAGCCUAAUGCAGACUAUGCUUAAAUUGACACUUUUGCAAUGUCUGUAACAAGCUUAGAUGAUGCAUUCAUUUAGUUGCAGACAAAAGGUGUUUAUGUAGGGUUUUCUUUUGAAAUUGCCUGAUAUAAAUCAAUUGCCCUGUAAAUAUUUUUAUUGUUUACAUUCAUUUGCAUUAUUACUUUUAGUAUAUAAGAAAAGUGGAUCUUUUGGCUAUUGACCAAAGUGAAUUCCUAAAAAUAGGAUGAGCAUCUGUACUCAUGCACAUACAUUUCAAUUUUAACCCUUGUGCGUCAAUAAAAAAAAAGUUACUCAGAGGUCCUUCGAGGACAAAAAUGUCCAUGUAAAAAAAUUGCCAUCAAAAUUAUUAUUAAUAUUAUUUUCCACUUUGACUGACUUUUUUAACCAACAUCAGUCCUGAUCAUAACUACCAAAUAUUCAUUCAUUUUCAGGAUUUUAACCCUUUAAAUGGCAGUUUGUUUACAUAAUGCCACUGUUUUUUACACACAUUUCUCAAUACACACAUACAAAACACACUCUGACAUCCAUACCAAUACACCCACACAAUUUUAGUUGCAUUGUUUAUUCAACUGGCCUGCAUUGCUCUAUAAUACAGUUAACAGAAAAUAGGAAAAAAGCAUGUAUUUGCUCCAUAGGCUAAACAUGAAAAAAAUGUCACCAUCUGGUGGAAAAUAUUAGAAAUUUAAAUUUUGAAGCCAGGGCUCCGGAAUGAUAGCAUAUCACAGAAUUUAGGAUUUUAUGCUUUAAUGGCUCUGGGAUCAAAUAUUGCAGUUUUAAUGGGUUUCAAUGGGAACAUUUUUGUCCUGAAGGUCCUGAGUGUAACUAUUUUGUGUAUUUUAGAAACUGAGGUUGAAAUAUAUAAAUUCCCCCAAAAAUACACACCUUUGGCAAAAUUUAUGCCAUUGGCAUUAACACAGCAAAAUGACCCUAAGGUCGCACAAAGGUUAAAACUAAAUUACCAAAGGACUGUAUGCCACAUAUUAUUUUUCUUUUUUUUUUUUCCUUCUUUUUUUAAAGGUUGCUUUUGAUUGCAUAUUGUAAAGCAAAGAAUAAAUUAAAAUGUUUUUAUAUAUUAUGUA